AUGCGUAUCAGUCGCGUCGGAAACAUGGGAGACAAGAGCGCCUACAUGGGAGCCUACAGUGGAGGCGGAUCGAGCGGCGGCGGCGGCGGUGGCUACGUGCGCGAGGAGUACGCGUUUGGAGGCAGCAGCGGCGGCGGCUCGUCGUCGGGUGGUGGCGGCGGCGGCGGAGGCAGCUCGGCACCACAACAGCGCUCCGAUGUGUCCUGCUAUCUGGGCCCCAAGUGA